CUUCUCAUGUGAUUGUUUAUUCAUGUGAUUUGGUGUAUAUCGUCAACAGGCAAACUGACACACAGCCCAGCACCGAAAGACCGAAGAGAGAAAAGAGUUUUUUUUUUUGAGUUUCAACAACAGAUUUCAUUAUGGGAAAGCGUAAUAAAACCAGCCUCGAAUCGCAAAACAGCACACCGAGUGCAGCCGACAAGCAGCGUGAUAUAUUCUUCUCCAUUCUAUUCUACUGUUUGCUCAUCAUCAUCUCACCGAUCGUUACGUUUUUCGCAUCGAAGCAUUUCAUUUUCGAUUCAAUCUUUGAACCGGUACCAAGUAAUAUUUGGGCGGCUGUUUCAGCAGUAGUUACAUUGCACGUAGCACUUGGAUUAUUUCUUUACCGCGCCUACUUUAGCGAAGAGGACAAACCCGUUCGGAAACAAGAUUAA